AUGACUGAAGUGCCAGAAAAGCCAACUUGGUCAGUUCGCUCACUUUUACCUCCCAUUAUUACUUGUUCUGAUACAACUUCUAAACCAAUUAUAUCACAAGAAGAAUAUAAAUCAUUACUUAAAUUAUCAAAUUUACGUUCAACAUCUCCUACAGAAGAUUCACAAUUAAUUCAAGAUAUUAACUUGCUUUGUUAUUUUGUCAAACUUAUACAAGAUGUUGAUGUUACUAAUGUUAAACCUAUGAGAAGUAUCUUGGAAGAUGGAAUUAAUUUGAAUUUAUAUGAUGAAGAAGAGGAAGAAGAAAAUGAAGAAGAUAAAAAUGAAAAUCAAGGAAGAGAAUUAUUGAAAAGAGCUAAUGUAUUAUAUAAAGAAUUUUAUGUUGUUAAAACUG